AUGGCCACAUACACCUCCACACUUACACCCCGUCGUAGGAUGGUCAGAAAUCCUCUAGCCAAUUUCGAUAGGAGCGGCCAAACUGUAUCGACCUCGGAACCUGGUCCUUCUCGUCUACCCGAACUUUCUCAGAUCAUCGACGUAAACCUGAGCGAUAUGUCUAUGUCCCACACCACUGAUCAUACGACUCGCUCCAGUGCAUUAAUAGCGCCCACCGUUACUCGGUCUGAGGCAACACCUGCCGAAAAAUUGCGUGCCUUGCUCAACGUGCUCCCUCACGAAGUAACUUCUACCGCCCGUGUCCCAUCAUCUCCCAAGCAAUAUUUGUCUGAGAGGGAUUCUGACUACGAUAUCACUGGACCUGCAAGUGCGACAAAAAGUAUUGCACAAGAAAGUGUCAGGAAUCUAUUUUCUAAUGCGCGUCGGGAUCCCGACACCCCACAAAAGUCAAUAUCUAUGCAUAACGGUGCCGACCACAGCGACGUUGAACCUACCCAUAGAUAUGUUCGAGAUAGAAAAGGGAAGCAGAAAAGUUUGCACAACGACAGUUCCGAAUUACAGGAUCAAACACCACACUUAAGUAGAAUGUCAACUCGUAGCAAGGCUCCCGUCACAAUGGAAUUCUUGCGCGAGCGGUUUAGCGAUUCUGUUGUUUCGCCCGAAGAUGCAGAGCUACCUGACACUUCCACAAAUCGUGUCGGUAACCAAACAUUUCUGCGCGAUCUUGAUGCGUACGGUCACUCUCCCCCCAUAGGAACGAGUACUCCUCAGCAAUCCUUGAGAAUGUCUUUUAAUUCACAAUUUCAUUCGAAUUUACUUGAAUCCGACACAGAGAUGCAGGAUGCAAUCGAUGGAUUAGGCGAAUACGACGAAGUCACAAAUCACCGCUCUGUUUCGCCCCCACCGACCAUUCGGAAGGGAUAUAAAUCGUUACUGGACAAGCAAAACGCUUCCCAUCCUCGACAACAGUUCGAUUCCGGACAUUAUCUACAUAUUACUUCUCCCCAAUCUAAGACAAGAUCGAUAUACAGUCAAGAGGAACAAAAUGAAGUCGAUGCAGUAGAGAAGUCCCUCAAAUCUGAUUUCGACCGAGAUCAAUCUCGCCACGAGCGCCGACAAUUCAAGUGCGAUCAAGCAAAUGAAGAAGAAGAACUUGACGAGGUUGAGGACUCGCUCAAAACUGAUUAUGAAUGGAAUAAAUCUCAAAGCAGAGAUCAAUAUCAGGGUCAUGAAAACCAGGCAGUUGAACAAGCGGAAAUUGAUGAAGUAGAAAUUUCUCUCAAAACUGACAUGGAAUGGGAUCAGUCACGAAGUCGACAUGAACCACUGUAUAGCCGUUCCAAUAGUCACCAACACCAGUCGACCACUUUAUCGUCAAUGGAGCUGACUGGACCUCUGGGAGAGCCUGCAGCAUUCACCCAUAACAAACGGGCCUCCAGAUUUUUGAAUGAAGACUCCUAUCGAAAUGACAAAGACGGUGAAGACAAAGAAUGGCCUAGUCCCAAAUACGGUCACCGCGCAUCUUCGUAUACAGAACCACAUAUCCAAUCUGUUACGGAUCUUGAUAAGCCAUUCGCCGAAAACACGAAUGACCAGCAUCAUGUUUGGAGCUCGCCUUCUAAUCUAGUUUCCGGUCAACAAUCAACUCUGACUCCACGCCCAUUUUCAACCGUCCAAUCCAAAAAAUUAGGUGAUUUCGACAAAAUACACAAUCCUACAAGUGAGGACUACAAUUCUUUCGGCAGAAUGUCUCCUUUAAGCUCUCGGACUGUAAAUGAUAUCUCAAAAGAACUAUCUCGACCACCAAGUCGCACCUCCUCGCUGCACGCCAUUGAGAAUACGUACUUGAACGAGAGAACAAGUACCCGAUCUCCACCGGUCUUAACUUCACCUAUUACUCCACCGGUCACAAAUAACCAGAGAUUCAAAUCUGCCACACCGUCUUCCUCAAAGUUGUAUGCAACACCUUCCGUGCCAAGAGAUAUAAUCGAUACACCGACCAGGUCACUGCCUACGCCCUCGGCAGCAAAUCCUUUCCAUGAUUCGGGCACGAAGUUUGCAUCAACACCACUCCGCGAACAAAGCCCCACUAUACCCAAUCAUCAGACGUCCGAGUCAUAUAUGGAACAAAAAAAAUGCAAAGAAGGUUCAGAAUUUGAUGACCUUAGAGAGACUGAUUUUUCAUCAAGAGGGGACACCCCUGAAGUCUCACAAGUACAUGGUCAUAGUUCGGAUUUUGUUUCUUGGUCUAGCGUCAAGCAAACACCACGCCUAGCCUCUACUCCUUUAAUAAAAAAUGACACCCAUCAACCCUCGCCGGAACCAUCAGUAUCAUCCUCCACCCCCCCGAGACCUCCCUCCAGAAGUUCUAGGCGAGAGUAUGAAACCCCGUCUCCCCCCAAAGCUUUGCCCGACCUCCCAACACCAUCAUCUAGUGACGAAUCUAAUCGCAGCGCUUCCCGCACUAAUCCCACACCCUUGAGAAUACAGAAGACACCUCAAAAAUCGACUUGGUUACAAACUCCACGGCCUCCUGGUGCAUGGACGCAAACUCCCGAGCUUUCUCGAUACCCUUCAAGUGAUAGCGAGUCUGAUAUUCAUUCACAAAACCGGAUUGCUCGAAAUGGGAAACAACGAGACAGUGCCGAUAGUAGACCUUUGUAUUCCCAAACACCGACGAAUCGCAAUAAUCGUGUCAAUUCUGAUGUUCUGAACACCAUCAGCAAAACGCCUAUGCCUCCGGGAAGCUGGCUUUCUACCCCAGUUCCCAUUCUCAACCCUGAUACCCGGGCUAAAGUGUCCGACUUUCCAGAGAAAAAGAUAGGGCUCCGCACGCCAAUGACUUCGGUGUCGAAAGGGUUAACGCUUGAAUCACAAACUCCUGGUGUUCCCGGUGGAUGGUUGAAUACGCCUGCAACAAGAAAGAGUAUUUUGAAAGUUCGCUUCGAUGCUAGUCACAUCGAUGACCUCUUCCCUCAUCAAGAUAACUUUGACUCGGCCAUGCAAGCAGAACAUGAAGCAAUACCACCACUAUCUCCCUCUAUCCCUCGCAAAUCUAAGGGGCCUAACAUUCGCGUUGUUGAUGCAUUUGGUAGAGAGCAGGAUACGAUCGAAUCUAAAAGCACGGAACGUAGUCAAAGUAAACCUCGUGUAAUCGAUGCAAUGGCGAAAUCCAUUGAUCAAUCUUACGAGUCACAGACUGAGAAUUCAGCUGAUGAAAUGCAUUUCACUUCUCGCAACGAGUUGUUGAGGCACAUUCGGCACGGAUUGGACGAUCUCAUUGAAGAAUUCGACGAUCAAGUCCAAUAUGGCCCUGAGCCUGAUGCAGACCGAGUUCGUAUUGAAGAGCUCAACACGAUAUCAAGUCAGGCUCGAAAUGCCCGAGAGCAAUUGCAAAAUCGAAGUGCACAUUCUAAAGUUGCUUUGGCACGAAUGUCCAAACCAUUCAGUGCAACAUUAUGGUUUACCAAUCGCAGACUCUGGUGCACGGUGGCCCUAAUAAACCUUAUAUUUGUGAUAAUUAUGUUUCGGUAUGUCACCAUCUUUACUUGCGAAAGGGCGGUCGCUUAUACUGUGAAUAGAAUAUCGGAUUAUUGGGCUAGACAGCGAUACCUUAACAGUUACUUCGAUCCCUUCAACCCGGAACUUUAUUUAUACUUAUCUAAUUCUGAUCAUUCUCUAUAUCUUCUGGACGAUGAUCUAUCCCGUACCUCAUGGACAUCCUAUGCUAGGACACUUUUGAUUGGAGGAAGGACUUCGUGGUACAACUGGUUGCAGGUUACUCGAGAACUUCCAUCUUACUUGUGGAGUAUGUGGGCAAGCGACCCAACAGAGUCUCUAACGCCACAAAAUGGCAGCACAUGGCUUCCCUCGUAG